GGUUCGCAGCCCCUGCUAACAUGCUGCACAGCCAGGCACUUGUCCUGGUCAGGUGACCCUCACUAAAGCCAGGGGUUAGAGUAGAUGACAUAUGUGUUUGGAGAGAUGAUGUCUGCCAUUCUUUCUAGCUCUAACUUGUGUCCUCAGGCCCCGGGUCGGUGGGAACUGAGGGAGAGCUAGGCCUAAAGACAGCAGAGCCCAUCAGAAUGUCACCUUCUCGGGAGGCUGGAAUGCAGUGGCACCUCACCUCUCCCCUGCAAGAUGGCACCUGUCCUGGAGGAAGGAACCAGACCAGGUGUUGGCUAAAUUUGUGGUUUUAAGAAAUCCUGAGAACCGGAGGGCAGCCCUGGGAGAAGCCCUUCCCGGGGGCACUCGGAACCUUCUGGUCCAGAGGAGAAGGCCUUCCCCUCACCUGGACUUAUGACCCGCGGCUUCGCUCCCAGUCUGCCCACUGAGUUCCACAAGAUGGGCUCCUUCCGCAGGCCCAGGCCGCGUUUCAUGAGCUCCCCAGUGCUCAGCGAUCUGCCCCGGUUCCAAGCAGCCCGGCAGGCUCUGCAGCUCAGCUCCAACUCGGCCUGGAACAGCGUCCAGACUGCCGUGAUCAACGUCUUCAAAGGAGGUGGCUUGCAAAGCAACGAGCUCUAUGCACUGAAUGAAAACAUCAGGAGGCUGCUGAAGAGUGAACUUGGAUCAUUCAUUACGGACUAUUUCCAGAACCAGCUUCUUGCAAAAGGCCUGUUGUUCGUGGAGGAGAAGAUUAAGCUGUGUGAAGGUGAAAAUCGCAUUGAGGCUCUGGCUGAAGUGUGGGACCACUUCUUCACGGAGACUCUUCCCACCCUGCAGGCAAUAUUUUAUCCAGUUCAGGGCCAGGAGCUGACCAUCCGUCAGAUCUCCCUGCUGGGCUUCCGUGACCUGGUGCUGCUGAAGGUGAAGCUGGGGGAUGUGCUGCUGCUGGCCCGGUCCCCGCCACCCCCGUCCAUCGUCCAGAUGCUGCUCAUCCUACAGAGUGUCCAUGAGCCCACGGGCCCCAGUGAGGGUUAUUUGCAGCUGGAGGAACUGGUGAAGCAAGUGGUGUCUCCCUUCCUGGGCAUCAGUGAGGACCGCGGUGUCUCGGGUCCCACGUACAUGGCAGCCAGACGCCACUCCAGGGUCCGGCCCAAGGUCGCGGUCCUGAGCUACGCCUGCCCGACGACUGCCCUCAGCCGGCCCCUGAAUGAGACAGCCCUGACCCCGCUGACGGAGCAGGAGGGGGAGGCCUACCUGGAGAAGUGCGGCAGCGUGCGGCGGCACACGGUGGCCAACGCCCACUCGGACAUCCAGCUGCUGGCGAUGGCCACCAUGAUGCACUCGGGCCUGGGUGAAGAGCCUGGCGGGGAGGACCAGUGCCUGCUCCUGCCCGCCAGCUUCUCGCCCCCGCACCGACAGUGCUCCAGCGAGCCCAACAUCACCGACAGCCCCGAUGACCUGGAGCAGGGGACUGCGGGCAGCCAGGAGGACUCCGAGCUGAACUGUGCUUCCCUCGGUUGAACGCCCAGCCCCAGGACUUCCCAGCUCCGGCCUGCCACUUUGAUGAGAACGGCUCCAUCCCCGGGGUCAGUGGGGAGGGGGGCUCACCAAGGGGCUCCUCCUGGAGGCCGAGCCCAAGU